AUGGCAAUUGUACUCCCUGCGCUUAUUCGGGAGCCGGCGGUUGCUGCCAAUCACAGCUCCAGGCUGCAGGGUCUCGCUGCGGAGCGAAGGACAGCGGUAGGAGGGAGGAGGCCCACAGCCGGGCUCCCGGCCUUGUGUCCGUUAUGUCGGGGGAGCCUUUGGGAUCGCUUCCAGCCCGCGGCCCGCGGCCCGCGGGCCAGCGGAGGGUGGGAGCCUCGGGCUUGCGCUCUGCGCUUCAGAACGCUAGGGUCGCCGCCCCGUCUCGGGGACGUACCUCAGGGGAAGCCCGGUCUCGCCUCAGCCUCCCCCACUUACUGUCAGCCGUCGCGACCUGGCGACCCGAAGCACAGCCGCUCUUCUCAGCGGGCGGGCAGCCGCGGUGCAGGAGGUGGGCCCGGCCCCCGCCCGGAGCCCCGCCCUCCCACGGGCCCCUCCCACAGCCCUGGCCCAGUCAGCGCAGAGCUGACAGCCCUGGCCCAGCCCUUUCCCGCCCGCAGAGUUGAGACACGGCUUCUGAUUGGCUGUCUGCAGCCGGACUACCCCGUCAGUCUCCGGGCGCGGCUUGUUUCUGCUGGGUCCUCCAGUAGGCUUUGGGCGUUCGGCCGGCGCCUGUCAAUUCUGGCCCGGUCGGCAGGAAGCUGCCCCAGGCUCGCUUCGGGGCUUUCUUUCCUCACGCCUUCCUGCUUUCUGGAAGCGGUUAUCCGGGAGGCUGUCUCACGGGGCGCAGCUGGAGGUGCAUUCUCCCCAGAGGGAAUGCUGGUUCUGAAACUACAAGGGGUUUCUCUAUGUAGCCUCGGUUGUCCUGGAGCUCGCUCUGUAGAGCAGCAGGCUAGCUUCACAGAAAUCUGCCUCCCAAACGCUCGGAUUAAAGGUGUGUGCCGCCACCGCCUGGCUAUACAUAUAUAUCGCCUCGAAGAUGACAAUUAGGUGAACAAAGUUACUUUGUUACUAACUUGGAUGUUUUUUUCAAUUCCCACCCAUAAUGAGACAUUUCUCUUCCCUCUUUAGGCAAGGUUAUCUUUUUCUUUUUUUUGAGACAGAGUUUCUGUUUCUCUAUAGCCUUGGGUGUGCUGGAACUCAUUCUGUAGACCAGGCAGGUCUCGAACUGCCACUGCCUCUGCCUCCAGAGUGCUCCGCAUAGCAUGUUUUGUUUUCUAAUCUUCAAGUUGCAAGGGUGUCUUUGUGCACUUUAGGAUGUCAAUGACUUUGACCUGGAUUUCCUGUAACCAGAAAUAAAAACUGUUUGCUUUUUAA